GACCUCGACGUGGGCCCCGUCGCCACCGAGGCCGCCCUCGGCGCUCUGGGGCGCAACGAGGGCGUGGGCCCCGACGGCGUCGCGGGCGUGGUCUUGCGAGCUGGGGGGGGCGCCAUCGCGGCCAAGUACGGCGAGCUGAACGUGCGCGUCGCCUCCACCGGGCAGUGGCCGCUCGAGUGGCAGGGCGGCGACAUCGUCAGCGCAUGGAAGCGCAAGGGCGACAUGCGCUCCUGCGACGCCUCUCGCGGCUUGUUGCUCAGCGACCAUGCCGCCAAGGGCCUCGUCGACAUGGUGAAUCACUCUGUGGAGCCGUUCUACGAGACGCACAUCCCCCAAGACCAGAACGGCACGGUGCGCCGCCGAGGUGCCGACUUCGCCACGCACGUUGUCACCUCCGUCGCGGCGUGGGCGAAGGCCAUGACUUGGUCCAUCUUUAUCAUGUUCCUCGACCUCGCUAAAGCCUUCGAUCGGAUCGUCCGCCAGCUGGUCGCGGGCUGGGGCGAGGUUCCCGAGGGCGCGAGGCUCGCUCACCUGCGGUCGCUCGGCGUGUCCGCGUCGGCCCCUGAGUGGAUCGCCCAGUGCUUGGACGAGCGUGGGCCGCUGAUGGAGCAGUGGCCGGUUCCCAAGACUUCGGCCGUGCUCCUUCGCACCUUGCACGAGGGCGCUUGGUUUUGCGUGACUGGAGGAGUGCGCCGCUUUGAGACGCGGACUAGUGGACGGCAGGGGUGCAAAGUUGGCUCCCUCAUCUCCCGCGCGGCGUACUCCAUCCCUCUCGACAUGUUUCAAUGGAGGCUGAAGCGAGUGCUGGACAUCACCUUCGUCGACGACGAGUGCGUUGUCCUCGUGGCGUCCGCGCCCUCGACGCUACGCUCGGCCGUCGACCUCCUGCUCGAGACGCUGCUCAACGUCUUCGACAACUGCCACCUCCAGCUGAGUUGGGAGACUGGCAAGACCGAGGCUGUCGUGAAGUUCCGAGGUCAUGGCGCCGUCGCCGCUCGUGAAUCUUUUCGGCUCCCUGAUGGUCUGCUUGACUAUUCGUUGGAGAAGUUCGGUCACGCG